AUGUCCCGAGGACCAAUGUACCUCAAAAUGGCCGCCGUCGGUGUCAUAUGCUGCCUCGGCGGCCCUGCCCUAAUGUACUACGUCACCCCUUCCGAAGGCGAGCUCUUCAACCGCUUCUCCCCCGACCUGCAAGCCUCGAAUCUAGCCAACCGCGCGCGGCGACAACGAGACUAUGAAGACUUUGUUGGCAAGUUGAAAGAGUACAGUAAAAGUGAUAAGCCGAUCUGGGAGGCGGCGGCCGAGGCGCAAAGGAAGGAGCGGGAGGAGCUCAUCCGGAGGACGGGCAUGGAGGAGGCAGAGAAAGAGAAGAUGAGGGAAGAGCUUAGGAGAGAGGCGGUUGGUCGGUAG